CCUCCUUCCUAGCUUCACCUCGUUGCCCGCCACCAUGGAACUCAUUACUAUCUUGGAGAAGACAGUUUCGCCAGACUGCACCGAGCUUGAAGCGGCUCAGAAGUUCCUGGAACAGGCAGCCAUGGAGAACCUGCCUACUUUCCUUGUGGAACUGUCCAGAGUGCUGGCAAACCCAGGAAACAGCCAAGUUGCAAGAGUUGCAGCUGGUUUGCAGAUCAAAAACUCUCUGACAUCUAAAGAUCCUGAUGUAAAGACCCAACACCAACAGAGGUGGCUUGCAAUUGAUGCCAAUGCUCGCAGAGAAGUCAAAAAUUAUGUUUUGCAAACCUUGGGUACAGAAACCUACAGGCCCAGCUCAGCAUCACAGUGUGUUGCUGGCAUCGCCUGUGCAGAGAUCCCCAUGAAUCAGUGGCCUGAACUUAUUCCUCAGCUAGUAGCCAAUGUUACAAAUCAACACAGCACAGAGCAUAUGAAAGAAUCAACAUUGGAAGCCAUUGGCUAUAUUUGUCAGGAUAUUGAUCCAGAACAGCUUCAGGAUAAAUCCAAUGAGAUUUUGACUGCCAUUAUCCAGGGCAUGAGGAAAGAAGAGCCAAGUAAUAAUGUGAAAUUAGCGGCUACUAAUGCACUCUUGAACUCUUUGGAAUUUACCAAAGCAAACUUUGACAAAGAGUCUGAAAGGCACUUUAUCAUGCAAGUAGUCUGUGAAGCGACACAGUGUCCUGAUACUAGGGUGCGAGUAGAUGCCUUACAGAACUUGGUGAAGAUUAUGUCCCUUUAUUAUCAAUACAUGGAAACUUAUAUGGGUCCUGCACUUUUUGCUAUCACAAUUGAAGCCAUGAAAAGUGAUAUUGAUGAAGUGGCUCUGCAAGGUAUAGAGUUCUGGUCAAGUGUCUGUGAUGAAGAAAUGGACCUGGCUAUAGAAGCUUCAGAAGCAGCAGAACAAGGACGGCCUCCAGAGCAUACCAGUAAAUUCUAUGCCAAGGGUGCUCUCCAAUAUCUAGUCCCAAUUCUGACACAAACAUUGACAAAACAGGAUGAGAGUGAUGAUGAUGAUGACUGGAACCCCUGUAAAGCAGCUGGGGUCUGCCUGAUGCUUCUGGCAACCUGUUGUGAAGAUGACAUUGUCCCACAUGUUUUGCCCUUCAUUAAAGAACACAUUAAAAAUCCUGACUGGCGAUAUCGAGAUGCUGCUGUCAUGGCAUUCGGGUGCAUUUUAGAAGGCCCAGAACCUAGCCAGCUAAAACCCCUUGUCAUUCAGGCUAUGCCUACUCUUAUAGAGUUAAUGAAGGAUCCCAGCGUAGUAGUCAGAGAUACAACUGCGUGGACUGUGGGUCGGAUUUGCGAGCUGCUACCUGAAGCAGCCAUAAAUGAUAUUUACCUCACUCCAUUGCUGCAGUGUCUAAUUGAAGGCUUGAGUGCAGAGCCAAGAGUGGCCUCCAAUGUCUGCUGGGCUUUCUCUAGUUUGGCAGAAGCUGCUUAUGAAGCUGCUGAUGUGGCUGAUGACCAAGAGCCUGCAACUUACUGCUUAUCCUCAUCCUUUGAAUUAAUUGUUCAGAAACUUUUAGAGACCACAGACAGGCCUGAUGGACAUCAGAACAACUUGAGGAGUGCUGCAUAUGAAGCUCUGAUGGAAAUUGUGAAAAAUAGUGCCAAGGACUGUUAUCCUGCUGUCCAGAAGACAACUUUAGUUAUCAUGGAACGGCUGCAACAAGUGCUCCAAAUGGAGUCUCAUAUUCAGAGCACAAGUGACAGAAUCCAGUUCAAUGAUCUUCAGUCUUUGCUAUGUGCUACAUUGCAGAAUGUCCUUCGUAAAGUCCAGCACCAGGAUGCUUUGCAGAUUUCAGAUGUGGUGAUGGCAUCUCUUUUGAGGAUGUUCCAAAGUACGGCAGGAUCAGGAGGUGUCCAAGAGGAUGCCCUCAUGGCUGUUAGCACUCUGGUAGAAGUGUUAGGAGGGGAGUUUCUCAAGUACAUGGAUGCCUUCAAACCUUUCCUGAGUAUUGGUUUAAAAAAUUAUGCUGAAUAUCAGGUCUGCUUGGCUGCAGUGGGCCUAGUGGGUGACUUAUGUCGGGCUCUGCAGUCCAACAUUCUGCCAUUCUGUGAUGAGGUUAUGCAGCUGCUUUUAGAAAAUUUGGGGAAUGAAAAUGUGCACCAGUCUGUUAAACCACAAAUUCUCUCAGUAUUUGGAGACAUUGCUCUUGCAAUUGGAGGAGAAUUUAAAAAAUACUUAGAAGUUGUAUUGAAUACUCUACAGCAGGCUUCUCAAGCCCAGGUUGAUAAGUCUGAUUAUGACAUGGUAGACUACCUGAAUGAACUGCGAGAGACCUGCCUGGAAGCAUACACAGGCAUCAUUCAGGGUCUGAAAGGAGAUCAAGAGAAUGUACAUCCGGAUGUGAUGCUGGUGCAGCCUAGAGUAGAAUUCAUCUUGUCUUUCAUUGACCAUAUUGCUGCAGAUGAAGAUCAUAGUGAUGGAGUCGUAGCCUGUGCAGCAGGACUGAUAGGGGAUUUGUGCACAGCAUUUGGGAAAGAUGUCCUCAAGAUGGUAGAAGCUAGGCCCAUGAUACAUGAAUUACUAACUGAAGGAAGAAGAUCAACGACGAACAAAACAAAAACCCUUGCUACCUGGGCCACUAAAGAGUUGAGAAAACUGAAAAAUCAAGCUUGAUCUUUUACUGUUGGGAUGACACCUGAGACCCCCACUGGAAUUCUCCAAUCUAUUGAGGAAAAAAAAAACCAACCCGAAGUGAGGAGUGUGCACGAAUGCUGAGUGUUUGGGAAUGAGAGGAUGCGUGAGUGAGAGGCUUAAACACACCAAGGUGAAAAUCCAGCCACGGCAAAUGGCAAAACCACUGUUAAUGGAGCUAAUCACUGACUUGAAUAGCAGCAAAACCUUGUCAUUGCUUGCCUCCAGGAAGUAGAAAAUGAUUCAGUACAGUCUCUUCUGACAAGGACUAAUUCUCUGUCUUUUGGACAGUGAAGAGGUAGUUUACUUAGUCUAGGACAGAGAAAAGCUAGCUUCAGGUUCAAUUUGAGUACUCACAUAAUAAGGUCUGGCUUUUGUUGUUAGAGAGGAGAAGAUGGGGUCCCCAGCCCACCAGUUACCUUUUUUCAGGAGGGAGGGGAGUUUUUGGACACACAACACUGUCAUUGCUCAAGACAAAUGGGAAGGGUGAAGGAUUUUCUUUCAAGAGAGAGAGUGUGUGUGCGUGUGUGUGAAUGAGGCAGUAUCUACAUUCUCAAUUGCAGUUAAUGUUUCCCAAAAGAAACACUGAAAAGAUUAGCAGUUGCAUUUCCUAAACUCACACGUUCAGUCUACUUGAAGUGGCAGAAAAGUAUGAGAUUUGAAGGGGGGAGGGGUAAAUAGAAGUUGCCCCAUGUAGGGUUUCUUUAGGGGAUUGUAGGUGGGAUGUUCAAAGCUCCCGUUGUGACUUUUUUCACAAUCUUGUUUCAAUAAAAAGCGCCUUUCCUUCCUGAGUUUUGUUCAACUGUGAAUGUAGAAACCCAGGGUGGGGUGAGAGGCGGGUAGGGUGUCCAGAAGACAUGUUAGUGGAGACAUUAGGAUCCAGUUUUUCCAAAUGGGAUGUGAGGCUUUGAAACAAAACACAACUUUGAAUUGGUGAUAAUAAAAACAAGUAAAAGGGACAAAGCCCCUUUUGCUGUGAACAAAGCCUGAACCAUACACAAUUGUGCCAAAGAAUUUUUUAAAAGUCUAAAAAAAAAAACUUUCAGGAAAUAUUGGAUUGCAAAACUGAAGUUGAAAUUAAAUGUUCAAACAAAAAAAAGAUAAAAGUACAA